GGUUGUUAAUAUCGCCGCGAUGAACGAUGAAAUCGUCAUCGGAAAUGAAAUUUUUUGUUCGAGCGAUUAUCGCGCGAUAGGUUUCAAAAUGAGUAUCGAUCGAUAAUCGCGUUUUCAUCGCCGAUGACGCGAUAGCGAUAGUUUUUUUUUUCAGCAGACUGCUUUUAAGAAUCAUAAAGUGACAGCUGAAAAUGGACGAGCCAUACAGUGGUGUUUUCGUUCAUCCAAGUUUUUUUAAAUACCACGGCCCAGCUGGAAAAGCAGGGAAUUAUCUUUUUAUUUGUGAAAAUUGUCCUUCGAAGAAAAAACCCGACGGAACAUUAUGGACAUAUAGUUGUAACCAAAAAUCCAGACAAAACCUUUUUAGUCAUAUGAAAAGUGUGCACCCAGGAUUGCUUCUAUCAUUUAAAGCUGCUUGUCAGCAAAGUAGUCAUACCAUUACCACCCCAACCAAAAGAAAACUAGCAUCUGAUUGUGAUGAGGUUGAGGAUGCGGAAAUUCAAAGUCGUCAAGCCACACUGGAAGAAGCAUUUCAGCCAAAAUCUGCGAAGAAAAGUAAGAUUUCUUUUUAUACUCAAGAAGAGUUUGAUGGAUAUGUACUGGACUACAUCAUUGAAGGAUUGCUUCCACUCAAGCAUGUUGAUUCUCCUGCGUUCAUAAAACUGAUGAGUUUUAUCUCACCCGAACAUAAGGUUAUGUGUCGACAAACUCUUUCAAAACGAUUGCAAGCUAGAUAUCUUGAAGCUAAAGAAAAACUUGUUGCCCAUUUAAUGACACUGAAGGCAGUCUGCACUACAGCUGAUUGCUGGUCAGCAAGAGGGAAGUCUUAUGUUGGUGUGACAUGCCAUUGGAUUGAUCCCAAAAAGCUCAAGAGAAUCAGUGUUUGUUUAGCCAUUCGUAGAAUCUUUGGUCGGCACACAUAUGAUCUGCUGGGGAAAACUUUAGAGUCCAUCAAUAUGGAGUUUGGAAUAGACGAUAUUACUGUGCUAACUCUCACGGAUUCUGGAUCGAAUUUUUUAAAGGCAUUCAGACUUUUUGGUGCUCAUGGGACUGAGACACAAUUGGAAACGGACGAAGAAGAGGACGAUGACGCUGUGGUUGGAACUGAUCUCGAAUUUUUGUUACUUGAUUACGAUGAUGCCGACGAUCGGUACAAGUUACCGUGGCAUUGUAAAUGUGUUGCCCAUUUGUUGAACUUGCUUGCUCGCAAAGACGCAGAAAAGGCUUUAGAAAAUCCUGCUUUCAAGCUAGCAUCUGAUUCAGCAUUAACAAAGCUCCAGUCUUUGUUUAAUAAACAAAGUAGGUCGGACCAGCAAAGUGAAAAAGUGAAAGAGAUACUUGGUGUUUUGUUUGUCAUUCCAAAUGCCACCCGUUGGAAUGCCUGGUAUGAUGCCAUUUGUCACGUGAAAAAAAUUGCCGAGGGUAAGAACGGAAGGAAAAAUUUAAAAUCUGUUUGCGAAGCAUUGAAAGUCACACCCCUCAAUUCUACGGAUUACCAAUUUAUUUCGGAAUAUGUUGAGGUGAUGAAGCCCAUUGCUAUCGGUCUAGAUCUAUUGCAGGGAGAACACAGCGUUUCUUCUGGAAAUGUUUUGCCAUCAAUCGUUGUCAUUAGAAACUCGUUAAAUUCCCUAAAACGUUCUCAUUUGGAAGGUGGUAACCAACUUUCAGUAGCUCUUCCUCUUGUUGACGCACUAUUGGCUGGAUUAGAAAAGAGAUUUGGUAAUUUUUUCAAUGUAGAACACUUUCAAUUAGCUGCCGUGCUGCAUCCCCAAUUUAAAUUUAAUUGGCUUGGGAAAAGCGAAAAGGAUCUGAAGCUUGGAAAAAAAAUAGUAUCUAAAGUAGAAGUCCUUUUACAAGAUCUAACCGUGCCUACCAACACCAAAGAAACCACUCCUACCGAGCCUCAUGACUUUUACGCAUCUCUACGCCAAGCAGCUGAAUAUCAACAGCCACUCUCUAAUGGAAACAUUGAAUUAACAAAGUAUCUAAAUGAAAAAACGACAUCUGAUAUACAAAGUCUCAACUCCUUCCCAAACUUAAAAACAUUGUUUUGUAAAUAUAAUGCCGGAAUUCCAUCUUCCGCUGCUGUUGAGAGAUUGUUUUCUCUUGGUGGUCGUGUAUUGACCCCUACCCGAACUCUUUUAAGUGAUACUCAUUUUGAAAUUAUCGUGUUUUUAAAAUCAAAUUAUUCUUUUCUGUCGAGCUUGUAAAAUAAAAAAUUAAAA